AAGGACUACUAGGUUAAAUCAGUGAGCACUCGAUCCCAGGGUUUCCAUUUCUCUCUCUCUUCUUUUUCUCUUUUGGUGCCCUUCCCCCACACCCACUUCUAAAAGUAGAUAAGCUCUUAACUAAGAUUGGAAUACACACAUACACACACACAGAAACUUCUCUCUUGAGAGAAGAAAGAAAGCUAGAAAGAGACAUGGGUAGAGGGAGAGUUGAGCUGAAGAGGAUAGAGAACAAAAUUAACAGGCAGGUUACUUUUGCCAAGAGAAGGAAUGGCCUUCUCAAGAAAGCAUAUGAACUCUCUGUUCUCUGCGAUGCAGAACUUGCCCUUAUCAUCUUCUCCAGUAAUGGCAAACUCUUUGAGUUCUCCAGUACUUCUAGCAUGGUGAAGACUCUUGAAAAAUAUCAGAGGUGUAGUUUUGGUCUACUGGAGGAUAGUCAGCCCUCUCAUGCAACUGAUCAGGAUGGCUACCAUGAGUAUCUAAGGCUUAAGGCAAGGGUUGAUGUCUUACAACGUUCUCAAAGGAACUUUCUAGGAGAAGAUUUGGGUCCUUUGAACAAUAAGGAACUUGAGCAGCUUGAACAACAACUGGAGGGGUCCUUGAAGCAGAUCAGAUCAACAAAGACCCAGUUUAUGCUUGACCAAAUUGCUGAGCUUCAAAGCAAGGAGCAUUUGCUAGCUGAAUCUAAUCGAGCACUAAGAAAGAAGUUUGAAGAGCUUGUUGGGGGAGUCCCAAGCCGAGUGUCAUGGGAAGUUGGUGCCCAAUCUUCAAUGCCAAGUUAUGGUCGCGACAAUGUUCCUCAUCAUCAUGACUUGCACGGAUUAUUUCUCCAUCCUUUAGGACCUAACCCGACUCAUCAAAUCGGUUAUGGAUAUAAUUCAGUCGAAGUAGAUUUUCUAAACGUGGCCGGAGGCGUAGUGCAAAAUGUGUCUGGGUUUGUUCCGGGGUGGUCGCUUUGAUGG